CUGAUUCAAAGAAAGAUUACUCCACAGAAUUUCAAGAAGCCAGUAUAUUUUUUUCGUCGUGUCCUUAUGAAGACUUCCGUAAUGGGGCGUCUACCCACGCAGAAAGCGUGAGCUCAGAUGGGAAGAUAGGAUCGCGGCGGCAAGUUGCAGGACGGCUUGCGGCACGGCCCUUCAAGGCAAGAAGUGCCUUAUCGAAAACCCGUGAAAGUCAGCCCUUAUCCAGUGAAAAGUCACAGAUGAACCAAAACAAAACCCUGGAUAUGACCGUAACUACUGAGGACCGUCGCUGGUCCAGGAAGUCAAAUAAAAUCCGGAAACACGGAAAGAUGACAGAAAAUAAGUCAUCUGUCGUGCGUAAGCGGUUUACUCGGGAACUGACAAAGCGUUUAACUCGACUGGCGCUGGAACGCUGUGCUCGGAAAUCGCCCGAUGCUGGUGGCGUGCAAAAGCAAAAAGAUGAAACCACUGGAAUCGAUUUAGUUGUUGUACCUGAUGCACCAAAAAUGAUCGACAGACCUCAGCAAGCGUUACGUCUGCGGGAAACAUCUCAGGUAGUGAUAGGAAACCGUUCCUUCGCUAAGAAUCAAGAAAACAUGCAAAAUGAAAUGAAAAAUCUGAAAAAAGUUAGCGAAGGCGUUUUGAACAACUCCGACGAACAGAAAAAUUUACUAGAUUUAUCGAUCAAUCAGCCCAGUGGAGAUUUCUAUAGAAACUGGAAUAUCAGUUCGCUGAAGGGACCAUUGACCCCGCAAAGUGGAGAUACAGAAUAUUUUGAAGAAUUGUACAGUGAAGACAGUCGUGGGGUGCAGAACGAGGCUUCAAACAAUUUGGAUGAAAAAGAACUUGACUGCCUGGAUGAUGAUGAGCCAGGCAUGGAAGAAGCUGAAUCUCUAACGGAAGUGUCAAAUUCGGAGGCAUCUAUACAAGACCAACCAAAAGGAGUCGCCCCAGUCAUUGCAUCCUUGUUUCCAAAUACGCCUUCAGUACUUCGAUUCGUUGGAGAUGGUCAAACUGGUAAGCCGGUCAACGCACAGUUUAUCACUCGAAUAACGUCACGCUCAACUUCUUCUGUGGUAAACAGUUAUCAAGCUUUCCAAACCGUAUCGGGACCGUCUCAAUUGGCGUCCAAGUUUGAUCACACCAAACGUGGUCAAGCGUGCCCUUCGGCGUUCACAUUUCAUGCUCACAAUGAGUCACACUUUGGACGUCGGGCGGUUGAUUUUGUUCCGCGCACCUUCUGCCUACCUGCGGAUACACGACAGUUGAGGGAAAUGUUGAUGCGACAAGAACGCGCAAAUCACGAUGGUUCUGCAAACAUCCUUGGUGACGCGGUGGUUCCGAGGUGGAUCAUUAAACCGCCAGCUUCCGCGCGCGGGAUUGGUGUUCAUGUAGUUCAGAAUAUAACAGACCUUCCCAAGUCACGGCAAAUUAUUGUGCAGUCCUACAUUUCUCGGCCAUUCCUCAUAAACAACACCAAAUUCGAUCUCCGACUUUACGUCUACGUGACCUGCUUCAAUCCAUUCAAAGCCUACUUACACAGGGAAGGUCUAGUACGCUUUGCGUCGCAACAGUAUUCACUUUCGGCCGUGGACAUCAACAAUCGAUUUGUACACCUGACCAACUAUUCUGUCAACAAACAUAACAAACACGGCACAACAGGUGUACAGAAUAACAAAUGGAAGUUGGAAACACUCUGGCGCUACCUACUGGAUCGUGGAGUCAAUGUGGAUGGACUUUGGAUGCAACUGAAAGAUAUAGUAUUCAAAACUCUAGCGUCAGUCAUCAACCCCAUCUCCAUUUUAGUAGACCAGAAUUGUCGCCGAAGAGCGUGUGCACAUGAACUUUUCGGGUUUGACAUCUUGCUGGACGAAAAUUUGAAACCUUGGCUGCUUGAGGUGAACGUUUCACCAAGCUUACAUACAAAUACAAAACUUGACAAUGAAGUCAAGGCAGAAGUGGUCACCGAUAUGCUUAACAUAGCCGGAUUUCGUCUCCCACCGGAACUCCGAACACGGCCAACUGUGAUCUCAGAUGAAACAGGACUGAUCAGGGAGCCAAUCUUAGAUGUCAGGGCAAGUAGCAAAGCAAAUGGCGAUAGUCAAAACGUGGCCCGAAAGUACACUAGGAAUGUACGAAUGGCAAAGGAAUUUAAGCGAAUCCCGAUUUCGGCGCAGUCAUACCAAGAAGAACAGAGCGGGAAAGCGCAAACGGAGCAGGAGAAGGGUUUGAAUCUCAGGGCAUUCUUACCUAUAUCUGACCCUCGAUUAUGGGACGUAUCUCUAUCGUGGGACGAAAGACAGAAGCACUUGUUCCACUCACGAUUAGCCUGCGCAGAACAUGCGAAGCAACGAAUAGCUAAUCCUUCGAUCAAACUGAGUGGAGCCCAAACAAAUAAAACCACCCGAGUUGUGGAAAACAGUCAAAAACAACGUCGGAACACACUUGCGAAGAUUUGCAAACCAGUAGAAACGACCUUCAAGCAAGAACUAGACGGCCUCCUAUCAUACCUAACACCGGACGAUGUGCGCACACUGGUUGAUUUUAUAGACGAACGUUACCGUGUUGGAAUGGGAAAUUUCGAGCCAAUUUUUCCCGUAGCUGGCAAUCGAGGUUUGAAGUUGUUGCUAUUCUUGCAAGGUUGCAGUGGUGACGCAUAUGUGGGCCAACUUGGUAUGAGGACGCCGACUUUCCGAUACUACGACUUGCUUCAGUACGCAUUCCUCACAUGUUACCGUCGUCCGGAUGCCGAAGAACCCAACUUCAUCAAAACCAUUCCGCUUGAUGUUGCAACCACUGUGCGACUCCCUGAUUACCACAUACUAACCAACGGGGGUGAAAUGUCUGCUGAUGCUCUCGAAGUCGCCUCGCAGAUCACCGAAAUCAACACCAAUGGCUUGGAGUGGAUAAGGAAUUUGUGCAAGAGUGGCUACCACCUUGCAGGUUCAGGGACAGGCAGCCUCCGGACGCCCUGGAACCAGGCACAUCCUAGAAGUGGUCCAAGCAAUCCUUAUCCAGGCGCACCGUACAGAGUUGGACAGACUGUAUCGUCGGUUGUGGGUAAAGUAACAUCUGCCGUUGGCCGCAAAACACGAGUGAAGGAUAACGGAGACACGGUGGACAGUAUUUUGGGAGGAGCCGUCUACUUUCGAGCCCAGUCGGCUACUCCAAACACCGUGGACAGAUCCGGCCAUUCGACCGGAAACAUCCAAAGAGAUUUGAAAACCCCACGACUGGAAGAAUGCAACUGUGCAAACAACCUACGAUGGAAAGGAACCCGCCACUCACGCGCGUCUAUUCAUCAUUCGGCACCAUUAUCAAAAUCUUCUUCUCUCAGUGUAUCCCGAUGUGCUAGUCGAAGAGGCUCUGUGCCUUCGAACUAUGUGGAAAGACAAUCAACGCUACAUAGCCAUUGCACGUCUUUUAGUUCAAUAGGUUUAUCCCAAAAAGCCCGUCAGAUGGAUCCGAAAUGUACAGCCCAGGGGGCGGGGUUCGAAAGACUGCAAGAGCAGGGCUUAAUUAAAACCAAAAACAUCUCGCAAACGAAAGCAGGUUCGAAGUCAGUUCACGAGAUGGCCAAACAACAGUUGAAACAACGCAAAUUGAUGGAACCAUCUCCAGCGCAUUCUACGAGAAGCAAGGUACGCUGACCGACACAAGAGGAAGAUAUCUGUGCUGUGCUCAGGCGAAUCGGAUUGCGAUUAACAAGUUCCUGAAGCAUGUCAAUACAGCGGUUAACACAGAUUCACUCAACUUAAUUGUUGAAUGUCAGAAAACAGUUGAUAAUUAUCUACAGAAAAACCCGUGAGCUUAGUUUUAUUUCCCGAUUUGAGCUUCCACUUCACCCCACUACUUCUUUGAAACUUUAUAACAGAUAUAAAUUAGUUUUAUUACGUUCAACCGUUCUGGCACUUUCGAUUUUUUUAGUUAAAAUUUGCUUCUCAGAGAUGUGAUACAUCAAUUGGGUCGUUUUUUACUUGCUGUCUGCUCCUGAAGGACAAAAAACUCACCCGCCCUUUGAAGUGAUGGGCAACUUCACUGCCAGUUUCACCGAAGAGUUGUGCGAUGUUGACUCACAUGUUGAUAAGUCCGUGCUCAGGGCUUACCACUUAAAGAAUGUAUGCACCCUGUUAAUAAUGCAUUCAAUAAAAUAUGUGAAUUCCCGGCUGCUGUAUGUUUAUCCUCGAUUAUUUGCACAGACUUUUUUGGUUUAUCUAUGUUACGCUUUUGUUAACAGCCAGGUACCUGACGUCCUCUGUGGGAUGUUUGUCUUGAAAAAGUAAUACAC